GUUGAUUAUUUACGGCACGAACACUUUGUUAUUUAAUAAUUAUUUUUCAUUCAUUUUCUACAGUUGAAAUAAAAUAUUCAUCUGGAUCUCAUACACAUAGAUCACAAGUUCCUUUAUAAAAAUGAAACUAAAUUACAAUGGUUCUGUGAUAACAUUUCUUGUCUCUGCUUUGCAAUGCGUUGCAUUAUCGUCAUCAGCAGCCACGACAACCACCCACAACAAUAGGACACUUCUCGCAAAAGAUGACCAAUCUCAAACAGAAAAACCAAUUCUUAUAAUUGUUUCAUAUGACGGGUUUCGUAAUGAAUACCUUAAACGUAACGUCACCCCGAAUUUGUUGAAAUUCCGCAGUGAGGGAAUCUACACAGAUCGAAUGUUGAAUGUUUUUCCCACCAAAACUUUUACAAAUCAUUUCUCUAUGGCAACGGGUUUGUAUCCAGAUAAACAUGGUAUUCUUGCUAAUAGUUUGUAUGAUACAAAAGAAGGUCCUUUGGCUUAUUCAUAUAAAUUGUUUCAUUAUGAUGAAUCGAUUGAACCAAUUUGGAUAGUAAAUGAAAAGGCUAAUGGACAUUCUGGCUGUAUGAUGUGGCCAGGAAGUGACUUUAACUAUACAAACAAAGGAUGUACCCAUAUGCUCAAAUAUGACCGUACUGUUCCACUCAUGGAUCGAGUGGAUACGAUGAUGAAGUGGCUUACUGAUCCAAUUAAGCCAGCUAAUUUGGUUAUGUUCUAUUCUGAGCAACCAGAUAAAUUGGCUCAUAUUGUCGGCCCGGAUACUCAAAAUAUAACUGAUGUUGUGGCAUCUUUAGAUUUAUUGACAAAAUAUAUUCAAGAACAAAUUAUUGCACACAAAUUACAAAAAAGAGUUAAUUUAAUACAUUUAAGUGAUCAUGGAAUGGCUGGUGUUCCAACAACUAGAUUUAUCAAUUUGACUGACUAUUUGGAACCAGAUUCAUGUAAAAUGUAUGGAACUUCACCAAUACUUCAAAUAGUCCCCAGCGAAGGCAAACUAGAUUAUGUGUAUGAAACUCUGAAAAACGCUUCUAUUGUGGAAGGACAUUUUGAUGUUUACAAAAGUAAAGAACUUCUUAAGAGAUGGCAUGCUACAAAUGAGCAACGUUUUGGUCCAAUAAUAGCUGUUGCCAAAAUGGACUAUGCUUUUCAAGAUCUAUGGGAAUGGGCUAAAAAUGACGGAACUGCAUAUGGCGUGCAUGGUUAUGACAAUGAAGAAGAACUUAUGCAUCCCAUUUUUAUGGCUAAAGGUCCAGCAUUUAAAGCCGGCGGACAAGAAGUUAAACCAUUCGAAUCGGUGGAUCUUUUUUAUCUAUUUACAAAAAUUCUUGGAAUUAAUGACACUUCAAUUCGAGAUGGUUCAGCUGCCAGGAUUUCACAUUUAUUCGCUACAGAAACUGUUGAAACCAGCCACACAACAACAAUUGUUCUAGUUUCGGCAUGUGGCUUGGCUAUUAUUGCUGGAAUUGCUUUUUACGUGAUGAGAGUACAAAAAAGAAGAAACACCUACAGUCCAACAUAAAAGUAAUUCAACAAAUGUUUAUAUGCACAAAAUGUUAUGUACACAAAAAUUUGUCAUUUUAGAAAAGAAAACCUAAUUUUUUUUUUUUUUGAUAUUUUAAAACAUAAGCGAGUGUUAAUUUUUUGUAAAAUUUUAAAGUUCAUUCUACAGUGAAUUUAUAAUAGUAAAAGUAUUGAUUUAAUUCUCACUAUUUUACAAUAAUAAUUAUUAUUUUUUUUUUGUAUUUUAUGUUUUCAUUAUUUUUGUAUACCUAUUUUAUAUAUUAGACAAGUCAAUUGGAAAUCAAAAUUAACAAUUUAUAAAAUGACAAAGUUAUUCUGGUAAAAAUUAUAAAUAAAUUAGUUUUUAAUAAAAUGUAAAUGUAGGAAAGGUGAUAGAAGAAAUAAAAUUUUUACUGGAAAUUA